AUGAAUUUAUGCUAUGAUGAUAUGGUUAUUAACAUAAUCAUACUAGAAAAUGAUACGCAGAAAACAAUGAGGUUGAAAACACUUCUCCUGUACUUCAUGCUUUGCUUGCUGGUUCAUAUACAUGCUGGCAACGGGGAAAAUAUAGCAGAGGGUGACGACGAGGAACAUGACGCAGAGGGUGACAACGAGGAACAUGACGCAGAGGGUGACAACGAGGAACAUGACGCAGAGGGUGACAACGAGGAACAUGACGCAGAGGGUGACAACGAGGAACAUGACGCAGAUGGUGCGGCCAAGUUUAUUGCGGACUAUGAUCCGAAUUUAACACUAGACGCAUACGCCGAAUCAUACAGUCAAAUUUUGAAGGAUAAAUUUUUCAUAAUCGAACUUGAGACAUACGUAGAUCCUCAGAAUGCGGAGGAAGCAAUAAAACGUGAAAUCCUCAGACUUGAACACUUGUAUCAAAGUAAAUGGGCAAAGGAAUUUCUCGAGUUAUAUUAUGCAAAUUCUAUACCUGUGCCUUACGAUUUGAAGCUUACAAAUGGACACUUCCUGACGUUUUGUGCAGAUGAGAUUGUGAAGACAUUGUGUGCAAUAAUUGGAUCCGAGUCUGCCAGCAGCUACUCUCCACUGACAUAUUAUACAUUUCAAGAGACAGCAGCUAAUCUGACAUAA